AUGUCUGAGCGAAAGGUCCUCACCAAAUACUAUCCCCCGGAUUUCGAUCCCUCGGCGAUCGGGCGCACGCCCAAGCACCUCCGCCAGAAGGGCCCAAAGGUCAUCACAGUCCGACUGAUGGCCCCGUUUCCUAUGAAAUGCACAAACUGCGGUGAAUACAUCUACAGAGGGCGGAAGUUCAACGCUCGCAAAGAGACACUGGAGGAAAGAUACCUGUCUAUUCCGAUCUACCGCUUCUACAUCCGCUGCACAAGAUGCAGUGGAGAAAUUACAUUCCGAACAGACCCAAAAAAUAUGGACUAUGAGUGCGAAAAGGGCGCAAAGCGAAACUUCGAAGCAUGGCGAGACGGCAAGGACGAAAAAUAUAAUGAAACCCAGGAGGAAACACUUGACCGACUCGAGCGCGAGGAGAACACAGAGCAAGAGCAAUUAGAACGCGACAAGAUGGCCGAGCUGGAAGAGAAAAUGCAGGAUUCCAAGCGAGAAAUGCAAAUUGCCGAUGCCCUCGAUGAGAUUCGGACGCGCAAUGCGCGCAUUCAGCGCAACGAGUCAAAGGGUGAAGCGGUAGCUCUUGAGUUUGCGCAAGAGGACCAAGAUGAAGUCCGGUUACAGCAGGAAAAAGAAGAUGAAGAGGCAGCGCGAAGGGCAUUUAUGACAGCGACUGGGGAGAGGAUCAAGCGGAUUGUUGAGGAUGAAGAGCCGAUUAUCGCGGCUGCACAACCAGAAUCAUCAGAGUCUGCAUCGAUUCAAAUGCCUCCACCGUCAUCAACGUCUUUUGCGCGCGUGAAGAAGGCCAAAAAGGCUGGUGUUAACAAGUUGGGGAUUAAGAAGAAGCCGUCUUUAGUUUAA